AUACUACUUAAGUAGAGAAUUAUACCUCAAUAUAGUAUUAUUGCGUUCUCUCACUUGUAGGAUACGUGUGUGUGUUGAGUUAAUGAGUAGAAUACUUUUCGCAAAAAAAGCAACCAUAUUGCAUUUAUAAUAAAUCAUGGGUAGCAAUUCGAGUCAUCCUGAACUUACUGAAGAACGUUUGGAAGAAUACAGUGUCUUAACAUAUUUAAGUAAGGAAGAAAUAUUAUAUUUAAUGAAUAAGUUUCAAUCGAUUGAUGCCAAUAAAGUGUUGGAAAAUUUUGAUCAUAGAUUUGGACAGGAAGAAAUUAUCGGGAAAUUUGAUAUUUUAAAGAAUAAUCCGUUUCGCGAACGCAUAUUCCAUGUAUUUUCAUCAAAGAAAGACGGUUGUUUUUCUUUCGAGGAUUUACUCGACUUAUGUUCAGUGAUGAGUUUAGAGUGUCCAGCUAAAGUGAAAGCAGUAUGGGCUUUCCAAAUAUUCGAUAUUGAUAACGACAAGAAAAUUUCGGCUGGGGACAUCAUAAACAUCAUAGAUCUGUUAACAUCCGGCUGUCAGAAUCCUGAUAACUUCAUCGACAAACAGUCCAAGGAAGAAAUUGCUAAAAUUGUUAUGAACGAAAUAAAAUUUAAUAAAUGCGGAAAUAUCAAUCUACAAGAAUUCGAAUUCGUGCUAUCAAGAUUGCCUGAGUUUAAGUCAACUUUUUAUUUUAGACUAUAAUAAAGUUAUUUUUGUAAAAUGUAUGCAAUGUAAUAAAAUUUUAGACACACAAUUAACUUAAUUAUCCAUAUCUCGGCAGCCUAAUUACAAAUGGUUAAUA